GGGGCGGGCGGAGCGGCGAUGCUGGCGCGGGCGGGGAGCCGGGCCGGGCCCGGCCUCGGCCUCGGCCUGCUGCAGCGCUCCCAGCAGCUGAAGCGUUCGGCAUGGCUGGCCCCGGCGCCGCACCGCUGGACCUCUGGCCUGCCCAUGAACAUCGGGGUGCUCUUCGUGCCCCAGCAGGAGGCUUGGGUGGUGGAGAGGAUGGGCAAGUUCCACCGAAUCCUCGAGCCUGGUUUGAACUUCCUCAUCCCUCUGCUGGAUCGGAUUCGUUACGUGCAGAGCCUCAAAGAAAUCGUCAUUAACGUCCCAGAGCAGUCAGCUGUCACCCUAGAUAACGUCACCCUGCAGAUCGAUGGUGUGCUCUACCUGCGGGUUAUAGACCCCUACAAGGCCAGCUACGGGGUGGAAGAUCCUGAGUAUGCUGUGACCCAGCUGGCCCAGACAACCAUGAGAUCUGAACUUGGCAAACUCUCCCUUGACAGAGUCUUCCGGGAACGGGAGUCCCUCAAUGCCAACAUUGUGGAUGCCAUCAACCAGGCCUCGGACUGCUGGGGCAUCCGCUGCCUGCGCUACGAGAUCAAGGACAUCCACGUGCCCCCACGUGUGAAGGAAUCUAUGCAGAUGCAGGUGGAGGCAGAGCGACGGAAGCGGGCGACGGUGCUGGAGUCGGAGGGGACGCGGGAAUCGGCCAUCAACGUGGCUGAGGGGCAGAAGCAGGCUCAGAUCCUGGCAUCAGAAGCUGAGAAGGCCCAACAAAUCAACAAAGCUGCAGGUGCCAAGAGGGUCAUUGCCAUCUGA